AUGCAAAAAUUCAUUCAUCAUAUGAUAGGAAUAUUUAAACAGCAGCAGCAGGCAUCAGCUGACGUGAUUUUAUGCCGCAUCAAGAUGCAUCCUAUCUUAGCCGCUAGCCCAACCACAAAGGCGCACGUUAGCCCAGAUCCCCGAUCCACUUCUAGCAACGUCCUCCACGACGGCAGCAAGCGCACGAUAGCGCGGACCCAAAGUGCUAAACGUAAAACAUAA